AUGGGUUGGUUCGACAGAGACAGCUUCGAGGGUCAGUCCCACGAGGAGCUCCGCAACUUUGAGCCCGGCACCGAGGUCACCGAGGAGCACAAGGCCAAGUUCAGCCACGAGCUCAUUGGCGGUGCCGCUGCCUACGAGGCCAUGAAGGCCUACGAGGAGCACCAGGAGAAGAACGGCAAGCCCGACAACCACGCCCAGGCCAAGGAGAUCCUCGCCGGUCUUGCUGGUGCCUUCAUCGACCGCGAGGUUGAGACCAAGGGUCUUGACUUCGUCGACCGUGAGAAGGCCAAGUACCACGCUCGCCAGCAGCUCGAGCAGGCCUCCGCCCAGGACUUCUAA